AUGGCGGAUCAAUCCAGCCAAACGGCGACCAGCGGGCUGACAAUCUUCAGUCUGCCCCGCGAAAUUCGUGAUGAUAUUUGGACACAAAUAGUAUCGCACGACAUGAUCCUCCUCUCAGGAGAGCACCAUACGGCCAGCAUAUACAUAUGGCCGGAAAGGUACCGUCCUGCACUCACAAUAUUCAAUCUUCUCCUCGUAAGCAAAGCAAUCAAGAACGAAAUCACAAACACGUUUCGCCAAAGAUACAAAUUCGCCUUCCAGAACAGCGCAGUCCUUCGUCAUCUACUAGAACAUGGCUACAGCUACUGGGGCCGCUCGCCGCAGUAUGGAGCGUGUCCUAGAGUCUUUUUCACAAUGGGCCAUCUCAGUAUUAUCCCGCGCAAAAAAAUCACAUCCAAUAGUUACAUACGACAUCCGAAGAUUUUGCCCCCAAACAAGGGCCAGGAGAAAAGGACCUUGUGGUGCAGCAGUGGCCAUCCACACGGCUAUUGGGGACUCGACGGUGACAUGGAGAGUCUGCUCAAAUACAUACACAAGUCGCCGAUGAAGCUGCGUAGCCUAGAGAUACCAGCUGCCCUGUUGUUCAAUGUACGUAUUGUGCGGCAGUUGAGGAGGUUCCGCGGCGUUGAUCUCCAUUUCGCAUUUGUGCCUGAAGCAAUGAUGCCAAAAGCAUCGAACGUUCAGCACGACACUGGCCAUCAGCAUCGUACGGUGAAGUGGCUGGCCGAAAACGGCGAUGCAGACAUCGUCGCGCCGGUUUACGAAACACAAUCGGACACAACACCUAUAGCAGUAGUACCGCUAAGGUGCAUCGCUACCGCAAUUCGGCGAGAAGUUGCAAGUAGAGACCUCGUGCCUUCACGACCCUCAGCAGUUCCGCAAGCCGAAGUAGAUCCACCGCUUUGGAUCGAAUGUGACGAGGCAAGCCAGCUCACGAGUACCAUGUCAUCUUUAUCACCACCAACAUCAGGCUGGUAUCGGUACUCGGGACGUGAUCCCGGCGUUGUGUGUCUCGAGAAAUGUACCGGGCCUCCGUUUCUGCGUGCCCCUCUCAAAAGGAAGAUGUUGAAACGUCAACGACAAGAAUGGGGACGCCAGUGUGCAGAGUAUAAACCGUUUCAUUUCGUUCGAGCUCCGGAGCGCGAAAGAACAGACACCCAUCGUCGUUGGGUCAUUGUCGAAAUGGGUCUUCAAGGUGUGGUUGUGAAGCAUGAGUGGUCGAGGGAUAGAGUGCCUAAAUUGUAG